GGAGAUUGUGUUUUGUUACUCCAAAAGUAAUUUCGCUUAGGGUUCGUCUGAGCAGAAGUCCUUCACUUUGCAGCACAUUCCUAGUGGAAAACUAAUUUCUCCAGCUCAAAAAAUGACACGGCGAAGAGAGUUUAUUUUGUUUGUGUGUGUGGAGAAAACUGCUAACAUAACCGAAAGUCCCCUCGGAUUGACGCGUUUGAACUAAUGUGAAAAGUGCUGGACGGGUCGGAAUUAACACAAAUAGACUUUUAACGGACAUACAAACUUCAACUUCAAGCCGUUUUACACCGGCUCCAGAUCGAAAUAAAGCGGGACUUCAAGUUUUAUGAAGAGUGGCUUGGCGUACGGGACCUCACAGACCGUCUGGGUGUUUUGGAGCGACUUGAGGAGCUUCUUCAGAGCAGUGACUCCUGCGAAUGUCAGCACCAUGAGCAGCCAAUAGUGACGUACGACAGCAGCUACAUCAGCCACAAAGAUGUUUCGGAAAAAAGCCUCAUCCUCCUUGAGAAUGCGGAGAAUAUCAGAAAACAAUAGACGGAGUGUGGACCGUGCCCGAAGCUCCUCCUUCCAUGAGGUGGGCCGGACACGAGAGCUGGAAAUGAGGGUGGCAGCCUCCGAGGACACUUCGGCUAGCAGCGGAAGUGGCCACACCGUUUUGCAGAGACUCCUACAGGAGCAAAUGCGUUAUGGUGAAGGCCGCAAUUAUCUUGCCUUGCAACAUCAACAGCAGCAGCAGCAACAUCAACAACAAGGUCCAGUGAGUGGAUAUCAAGGCCCCGGCAGCCCAGGGGACGAGCACUCGAUGGUCUCCCACAUCGCAAGGCAGGAGCCUCAGGGCCAAGAGCUGCAGACAGACAGCGGCAUGGAGAAGUUGAGCACACGCAAUGCAGGAGGGGGUGGCGGUGGCAGUGGCAGUGGGGGCAUGGGAUCGGGCGGUGGAAGCUGUGUGAGUGGACAGGGGCCAAAUCCUGAGGAUCUACCCACCUACGAGGAGGCCAAGGUGCAGUCGCAGUAUUUCCGUGGCCACCAGCCACAGCAGCCUCAGCCACAACUUCCCCAGACAGUAGGUGCUGCGUUUUACAUGACCGGCAUCGGCAACCCUAAAGUGCGACCCCCAGAGGGCCGGCCCACAGUGCAGAGAGUGAGUGGAGGGAAAGUACACCAAGAUGAUGGACUCAAGGAUCUUAAACAGGGGCAUGUGCGUUCUCUUAGCGAAAGACUAAUGCAGCUGUCUUUGGCCACCAGUGGGGUCAAGGCCCAUGCACCUGUUACCAGUUCGCCACUCUCCCCCCAGCUGCCUCCACCUGGACUGCCAGGAGACUACUAUAAACCAACAGGUCCCCCACACAGGGGGCCUCCACCAGACUAUCCUUUUAAAGGUAUGGCCUCUCCACCCAAACAACACCAGCACCAUCAGACUCAGCACCAAGAGCCAGGACACUUCUAUUCAGACCACCGCUCUACCAGCCAGCCAGGCAGAACCGACGUUCCUCAUGUCCGCUACCAGCCACCACCUGAGUAUGGCUCUUUCCGGUCCAGUAAAGAGAGCUCAAGUCACUCUCAAAGGUCAGUCCAUCACCACAGCCCCUCAUCCUCUGUUACGUCAGGGGGCUCCCUGUCUCGUGCCCAGUCCUCCACUCUCAGCAGCAUCUUGGCUGCUUCCCAUGCUCUUCCACCCAUGGGCCAUCAAGGAGAAUUACCCUUCCCCAUGGGUGCAAGAAACCCACAGGGCCAUGUUUCCCACCAAGGUGAUCCAUAUAGCCCAGGUCCAGGACACCCUCCUCAUCAGCGGAGCCAUGGAUUUCCUCAUGAUCCUUACGGCUCAGCUCCCAGGGGCAUUCACAUACACCAGCACCAAUACCACCAGCAGGGCCCUCAACAGCAGCAACAGAAUCCAGGGCAACAUUACCCACAUCCGCACUCCAUGCCAGGGGAUCCCUAUGCCAUGCUGCCCCGGGCCCAGCAGAUGGUGGACAUGCUGUCGGAGGAGAACCGGUUUCUCAAGCAAGAGCUUGAAGUGUGUGGGGAGAAGGUGUCCAAACUGCAGAAGCUGGAGACUGAGAUUCAGAUGGUGUCUGAAGCCUAUGAGAACCUGGCCAAAUCAUCCUCAAAGAGGGAAGCUCUGGAGAAGACCAUGAGGAAUAAGUUGGAAUUGGAGGUGCGCAGGCUGCAUGACUUCAACAGAGACCUGAGAGAGCGAAUGGAAUCAGCCAACAAGCAGUUAGCCGCGAAGGAGUGUGAGGGCACAGAGGACAAUCGGAACACCAUCUCGCAGCUUCUGGCUCAGAAUAAAGAGACACAGAGAGAGAAGGAAAAGCUGGAGAUCGAGAUGAAUUUGCUUCGCUCCACCAAUGAGGACCAGCGCAGGCACAUUGAGAUUCGUGAUCAGGCCUUGAACAACGCCCAAGCCAAAGUGGUCAAACUGGAGGAGGAGCUGAAGAAAAAGCAGGUGUAUGUGGAGAAGGUAGAGCGAAUGCAGCAGGCUCUAGCACAGCUUCAGGCCGCCUGUGAGAAGAGAGAACAACUUGAGCACCGGCUACGCACUCGGCUCGAGAGAGAACUGGAAUCACUGCGCAUGCAACAGAGACAGGGUGGUUCUCAGAACACAGUUGGCCCCGAGUUCAGCACGGCAGCUCUGAUGGAGCACCUGAGAGAAAAGGAGGAGAGGAUUUUGGCCCUGGAGGCCGACAUGACCAAAUGGGAGCAGAAAUACCUUGAGGAGAGCGUCAUGAGACAGUUUGCACUGGACGCUGCUGCUUCUGUGGCCACACAGAGAGACACGUCGUCCUCCGCCAUCAUCAGCCACUCCCCCAGCAGCAGCUAUGACACUUCAGUCGAGGCGCGUAUCCAGAAAGAGGAGGAGGAGAUCCUGAUGGCCAACCGCCGCUGUCUGGACAUGGAGAGCAGAAUCAAGAAUCUGCAUGCGCAGAUCAUCGAGAAGGACGCCAUGAUAAAGGUACUGCACCAGCGCUCCCGCAAAGAACCUGCCAGCAAACUAGACACCCCGGCCAUGCGGCCCUCCAAGUCCCUCAUGUCCAUCGCCACAGGCACUGGCAGCUCCACAGGCUCUGGGCUGCUCUCACACUCUCUAGGACUCAGCGGAAGCAGCCCAAUCACAGAGGAGCGCAGGGAGGACCGCAGCUGGAAGGGCAGUCUUGGUGUUCUGCUCAGUCCAGAAUUCAGGGGUGAUUCUCUGAGGACAGAGUCCAUCUCCUCGUCUCCAUCUCCAGUCCUGCCCUCAACCCCCAUGCCAGUUGCUACACACUCAAAGACGGGCAGUAGGGACAGUUGCACCCAGACAGACAAGGGUCAGGAAGUCAGCAAGCCAAGCACACCAGCACUGCAGAGUGUACCCGGACCCAGCCGGAUCAGCAGCCCAAGCCCCGUCUACAUCCCUGACCGCAUUGCCGAUGUGCCAGUGUUUCAUACCAGCACGCUAGAGAGGAGAGUGCCAGUACAGUCUCUAUCUCAACAGAGCCUUCCUUCACCACUGCCUCAAGACGUUGACAAUGAGAUGGUGGAAAUACUCAUCUGAUUACAAUCAUACACAUUCAUAAACCAACAAUACAGGUGCAGUUAAUUUCUCUCUGUACAUAUUUGGAUCCAGACAGAGCGAUGUAUGGGAAUGCGUGAACCACAACAUGCAACGUCAUUUACAAUCAACAGAGUAUUUUUUUAUUUUAUUUUGUUUUGUACAGCAUUGUCUGGUGAUCUUUUUCUCCUCCAGAUUUUCGGACCAAAUGUACUGGCAACCACUGCACUACUUUGUGUUUUUUACUUAUUUGGGUAUGUCGUAUUUUUGUUGUGUCUUAUGUACUAAUAUUACAAACAUGGCACUUGAGUAUGUAGUGGUAUGGUAACUAGCACAACAGUUGUUACAUGUAAAUACUGCAUCGGAAUGCUGUAAAACACAUGCGGGAGAACAACUGAAUAUUGUUGGACCUUUUUUAUUUUUGUACGCAUUGGCUGUACAGAAAGUUCUGUACGGUUCACAGUGCUAUGUUUAAGAGCAAUGGACCAACAAGCAUUUCUCUGUGGUCCAAAAGCUCAAGAUAAUGUAUGUGAAAGUAUGAAUGACCCAACUGGUUUUGGGUUUGUCUAUGUUAGUCUGUAGUGUUUCAGUCAGAACUGAGGAUCCAUCAUUCCAGUUGAACAACAGCAGCUGCAAUGUGCCUUGCACAUGAGGUACUGCAUGUAAUAUGUGAUACAAACUAGUAUUUUCAGUUUGGAAAUCCUCCAAACCUCUUGUUCAGUGAUGGCUUAAAAAAACAAUUGUUCACCCAAAAAUGAAAAAAUCAUAAUUUACUCACCCUCAGGUUGUUCUUAACUUAAAUGGCUUUAGCGGAAUUGCUUUGUUAUCAGUCUUUUAGUCUCAUGGUUGCAAGAUACACAUUUAGCUCUUGAUCAAAGGUAUCCGUUAUACACAAAGGUAUCCCAUCAUUAAAGUGACACAUUAUGCACAAUCAUUUAAAGUGAUAAUUCACCCAAAAAUUUAAAUUCUCAUUAUUUACUCACCCUCAUGCCAUCCCAGAUAUGUAUGUCUUCAUCUGCUAGAAGAAUAUUUCAGCUCUGUCGGUCCAAACAAUGCAUCUGAUUGGUGACCAAAACUUUGAAGCUCCAAAAAGCACAUAACGUCAGUAUUAAAGUAAUCCAUACAACUCCGGUGGUUUAAUUCAUGUCUUCAGAAGUGAUAUGAUAGGUGUGUGUGAGAAACAGAUCAGUAUUUAAGUGCUAUUUUACUAUAACUACUACUUACUGCCCAGUAGAUGCAAUGUGCUGGAAGACUUUGAAUCACCAAAAACCAAAACAAAAAAAUUAUAAUAAUAAUGUGAAAGUGGAGAUUUACAGUAAAAAAGGACUUAAAUAAUGAUCAGUUUCUCCCCCACACAUAUCAUAUCACUUCAGAUGACAUGCAUUAAACCAUGAAUGGAUUACUUUUAUGCUGCCUUUAUGUGCUUUUUUGAGCUUUAAAGUUCUGGCCACCAUUCAUUUGCAUUGAAUGGACUAACAGAGCUGAGAUAUAUAGGUCAAAUAUUCUUGUAGUGUUAGCCAACAGUACAUCAGAUCAUCAUCUCACCAAAUUCAAAAGCAUUGGCAAAUCCUUUUGACUUUUACUUUUCAUUUACAAUCCAAAUUGUAUUUGAAUUAGUGACCAUCAAAAAUGAUACCUUUUGACAUUUCCAGAUUUGACACUAAACACAUUCUGCCCCCUGUAGGACAAGAAUAAAGUGCAGUAUAACAAUCAUUGAGGCCAGACUGAUUUAAAUAAUCUAGGGCCAAAGAAAUCCUAGUUGACAAAUUAGCAGCUUGGUUUUUGCCUCAAAGACAAACCCGAGAUUAUGCAUACAUAUGGAAGACUAUAAGUGUUUAAACACAAUAAAUCUUUUUUCCUAUUUGUCUUGGACAUUUCUAAUAUGGAAACAAUUUUCACAUUUUUAUUUUAUUUUAUUAUUAUUCAUCCAAAUCAAAUUCCUUCACACGCAACUUCACAUUUGUUCGCCACAAACACUUUCAGUUCGGCACACUUUUUGCCUUAGCAGUGUUCUUGACAUUUUGUACACAAUAAAUCCUUUAUCUCUUAUCCUUUUUACAUAAAAUCUAAAAUGAACAUUUACAGUAUUGUCAGACAAACCAUUGUGCAAAUCCUCAAAGGCAGCAUUUUAAAGACCACUUUCUUAAGUUAGAUAUCAGAAGUUACUUUAGGUUUCAAGAUCACUCAUCUAAUUUGGGCUCAAACUAAGACAAUGGACCUAAGAAGAGCUGAUUGAGUCUAAAUUGGGAUAAAAUACUGACAAUCUCACACACAUUACAUUUCAAUAUGCUUCAGUGAAUGCAAACUGUUAAUUUCAUCAACGAAAUAGCCUUAGUUAUUUUCUGAGUGCUUUGUGAAUCUUACUGUUAAGUCGAGUCAGGACAUGUAAGUUAAGAUUUCAUUAGGACCUUUAUCAGUUUGUUCCACUAAGGCCUCAAUCUUGUUAUCUAUUAUAUCUUGAUGGUCUUGCUACAUUUGAUACUUUAAAGUUUGUAUUUCUAAAGGAGUAUGUGUUAUAGUCUGUCUCAGGAUGAAUUAUGAGAAUGUCUUUUUUUUUAUUAUUGUUUUUCAGUUAUUUGUACAGCAUUUACCCUUUUGUCCCACCAAUGGGCAUUUGCAUGUAUUUACUGUUCCUCUCGAGGAAUGUUUUCAUUCAUUUCACAAGUAUUUGUUGCAUUCAAAAUGUCAUUCUAGUUGCUGCUUGACAAUGUUCCAUAAUAGCAAAAGACCAUCACCCAGAUGUCUAUUUGAUGUGUUUGUUGACAUCUGGAAGAUGUGUUUUUUAGGUUGUUUGCUCAUCUGCAGUACGUCUGUAAGAUGCUUCCUCUCGGAUGUCAAAAAGACAUUGAGCAGAUGUCUUUGUGACAUUUAAGAUUAAAAGGUUAAGCUGAUGAUUGUGAUACUUUCCAGAUGAAACACUCAAAAACAGACAUCUCGAAUAUGUAUGUGUGCUAUCUGGGUUAUUACUGUACAAUCAUGAUUUAAUUUUGUAUUCAGUUGUAUUCCUUAUUUCAGUUCCUUUUCUCACACAGAUUCUGUAUAAGGCUUUACCUUUUUUAUUUGGUUUAUAGUCUAAAUGUUUAAAAUAACUUUUUUUGGUUAAUUUAAUUUUUUAAUAAACUGAUCC